AUUAAUUUUAAACCACCCUGCUGUCAGACAUUUCGAGUCAUUAUUUUAUCAUUAAUAGAACAAAUGUGGAUUAAAAUGUUUUCAAACACUAUCGAGUUUUAAAGACAAGGAAGACACGAUGUUCAUGAAAACCCGGUUAAUUGUCACCAUUAUCGCACUAGUUAUUGUUCUAUAUGUUUUAAAUAGUCGACAACUAUUCGUCAAGAGACACGAAGAAACAAGAGUGACAUUAAAUAAGCGCCCUUCCGGUAUGUCCAAGAACCAAAUAUCUUCCCCACGUGAAUCUAUGCAGCAUGAAGACAAAUUUACUGCUACCCAAUACCGUAUAACCACUCGCUCCACAAUUGCAUCGAAGCAGCAGCGUGCAGCGACUGAAUUUCCUCCUACACAAGACAAGUCCAAUUCUCCCUCCCUAAUGAAACCAAAGCAACAGGUCACAACUACUGAAUUAGAAUUAAACUCUUUCAAAAUUGAAAAUAUCAAUUGUGCCAAAGUUUUACAGGGUGACGAAUCUGAAAUAAAUGAGGCCCGAAAACAGAUCUAUAAUAUCCCCAAUGAUCAGACAUUGAUUGACCACACACACAAGUGUGACCUUUACAAACAAGUGUAUGGUUAUAACAACAUUUUAAAUACAGAAGAAGAAAAACAAUUCCCCAUCGCUUUUAAUAUACUUUUAUAUAAAGACGUUGCUCAGGUUGAAAUACUCCUACGUGCUAUUUAUAGACCACAAAAUUACUAUUGUUUACAUGUAGAUGGAUUUUCACCAGAUCAUGUCCACAAGGCAGCUAAAGCAUUAGUUGACUGUUUUGAUAAUGUCUUCAUAGUUUCGAAAAUAGAAAAUAUAGUUUAUGAAAGUUUUCAGAGAUUGCAAGCCGAUUUAAACUGUAUGGCAGAUCAUUUAGUUAAACCAGACUGGAAAUAUUUAAUUAAUCUUCCUAGUCAGGAAUUACCGAUAAAGACUAAUUUACAGAUUGUCAGAAUAUUGAAACUGCUUAACAACACAAAUCAAGUUGGUUGUAGACGAGGAAUUGGCCUUAUAAUGAGAAGGUUCGUCCAUAGAUAUGAGUAUAUAUAUGAAAAAAAUGGAACUUACAAGAUUGUCAAUACACACAUAAAAUAUAAGCUUCCGCCUCAUCGUUUUGUAGUGGCUAAAGGCAGUGCAUACGGUCUCUUCACCCACCAGUUCGUGAAAUAUGUCAUCACAAGUCAAAUCGCUAAAGAUGUGUUAGAUUGGUGUAGAGGAAUUCUCUCGCCUGAUGAGUAUUACUGGUCCAUGUUAAAUUUUAAUCACCAUGUACAAGUUCCUGGAAGUGGACAAGAAGCGUGUUUACAUGUCACUGCACUGUCAACUUAUGCAUCCUGGUCCAUUAGUAAAACACCUGAUAAAUGUCGUGGGAAAUGGAUGAGAAAUAUAUGUGUGUUCAGUGGAGGAGAUUUAAAGAUGCUUCUGAAUCGAACCGAAUUAUUUGCUAAUAAAUUUGAACUGGAGUACAGUUACGCAGCCAUUCAAUGUUUAUCUGAAUGGUUACACAACCAGACACUUUCCCCACAACCUAUUGAUGCACAGUUUUAUAAGCGAUUGUAUCAGAAAAAGAUAACAUACGAGCUUGAUCUGUGGACCAAUUUAAAACCAAUGAAAUAUAAUGAAACAAUUUUGUGACAAUCUGAACUUGAAGCUAAAACGUUUAAUCAGACGAAAGUGUGCACGUUGGGCCCUUUGACGCACUGCCAGACCAAAAUGGACCUUUCCCCGUUGUAUUAUAAACAAAUUGAUUUUAAUCAAUUGUACAGUUAAAUGGAGAUAAUCAACUUUAGAUGGCAUCGCUAGCCUAUGAUAUUUAGUGGAUCUGAAUACAUUUUUUGAUGGAUAAUUUAACUUAAUAAUGGAUAAUCGAGACUUUGUUUGGUUAUAGUACCAACGUUAGUAAUAACGAUCGAGCUGCUAGCUUAAAGUUGGAUCGCUAAUUUCUCGGUUCAGAGUAAAGCAAUUUUCACUGAAA